GUAGCGUGAACGCCUCAUUCACUGUAAGGCUCCAACAUACAUUUUAAACAGCGUAUUGUUGUCGAAUGAGUUCAUAAAACUCGUAGAACGCAGCGGGACGUCAUCGCACCCCCACCCUUUUUUGUGUGGACCUCUUGCAUUGUUUGCCAUAAGAUAAUUUUAUUUAUGGAGUUCAAUGUAAAUACUUGGGCGUGAGCCGGGCGGACCAACGGAGGGUUUCUUUGAAACAAGGUGGCAGGUGGGAAAAGGCGACCUACGGAGUAAAGACAGCGUUAAUGAAACUUUGUUACCGAUUUCGUUAUGGGGAUGCCAUAUGCCACGUUAAGAUAAAGACCAAGACGACUGUGUUGAACAUGCUAAAGAGAUUGGACAAAAUCCGGUUUCGGGGCCAACGGCCAGAUGUGUUCCUGGAUCUGGGUGAAUCGCCCAACACAUCUGACACUGAAUGUAGCGAAGAGAUCCUGAUGAAGCCUAAGCCCUUGCUUAAAAUUAAAGACACUGAAGAACUGCAAGACCCUGUGAGUGCUCCUGCUGGUCCGGGGACACUUGCUAUGGCCGCAGCCAUACAGGACUAUCAGAGGACUGAGACCGAUGGACUCAAUGAGGUGAAAGGCCACCUGGAAAUUGCCUUACUGGAAAAGCAUUUCCUACAGGAGGAAUUGAGGAAACUUCGUGAAGAAACCAAUAUAGAGACACUGAAACAUGAACUGGAGAAAGAGAGAUCGAAAAGGCUGGACUUGGAACAGAAACUGAACUUAGAAGUUCUCAAAACGAGAUCAGAAGAUUCCGCACCACAGCCACCCAGAGCAACACCUGCAGCUCCCACAGCCAACAGUACAGGUCAGCCAGAAACGGACAAGCAGAAGGAGACCAUGUACUCGCGGCUGCAGACGUGGCUGUAUGACCGGUUUGGAGCGUACAUCGAGGACUUCCGCUUCCAGCCGGAGGUGAACACGGUGGAGCCAGAGGAGCCGCUAAGCGCUAAGAGAUUGACUGAAAACAUGAGACGACUCAAGCGAGGUGCCAAACCUGUCACUAACUUCAAGAGGAACCUUUUUGCCUUAUCCAGCUGGCACUCCGUGUAUACGUCAACCUUUGCCUUCAUUAUCUAUGUGAAUGCAGCGUGGCACGGUUGGGCCAUCCCCUUGUUUCUCUUCCUAGCCAUUCUCAGGCUGUCCUUGAAUUACCUCAUUUCCAGAGGUUGGAGGAUCCAGUGGAGUAUUGUGCCGGAGAUCUCUGAACCUGCGGAUCCACCAAAGGAGGAUCUGACUGUUUCAGAGAAGUUCCAGUUAGUUCUUGAUGUUGCUCAAAAAGCACAGAAUCUAUUUGGAAAGAUGGCAGAUGUCCUGGAGAAAAUAAAGAACCUGUUCAUGUGGGUGCAUCCUGAGAUCACUCAGAAGCUCUACAUCGGUCUGUGGGUGGCCUUCAUCUGCUCCUGUCUCCUACCCUACAAACUCAUGGGCUUCAUGAUGGGGCUUUAUGCAGGGAUCAAGUUCUUCAUCAUCGACUUCCUGUUUAGGAGCUGUCCCAAGCUAAGGGACAAGUAUGACACGCCCCACAUCAUCUGGACCAGCCUGCCCACAGAUCCCCAGCUGAAGGAGCGUGGGGGCGCCACACUGUCCAGGCGGCUCUCUGGGUAUGAAAAGAUUCAGCCGGCGGUAGCUCGUGGGAGUCUAGGGACAGGCCUAGCAUGCGGUAUCAGUCUAGAGGAACAGACUGGCAGGGUCUACAAUACUAAGAAGGGUUCUUUCCAUGAGGUCUUCAAUCUAUCCGAGGAUGAGCGCCCUUUAGCAGUGUGUGAGAAUGGCUGGCGUUGCUGCUUGAUCAACAGGGACAGGAAGAGUCCCACUGACUACAUCCGUAAUGGGGUGCUCUUUGUCACUGAAAAUUACCUUUGCUUUGAAAGCUCAAGCUCCAGGUCAAACUCCUCUAAAAAGAAUAAAGUCAUCAAACUGAUUGACAUCACUGAUAUUCAGAAGUACAAAGUGUUGUCUGUACUGCCUGGGUCUGGAAUGGGAAUCUCCAUAGCAACACCGUCCACCCAGAAGCCGUUGGUGUUUGGUGCCAUGAUCCACAGGGACGAGGCCUUUGAUGCCAUCUUCACACAGUACAUGAAGACGGCGACCAUGACUACAGCCAUCAACCCUGAGACCUAACGAACCAAGAUGGCUGCCUUCACCAGGGACUUCCUUACUGACACAGAGACAUAGCUAUGUAGUACACCGAGAGCCACUGGCCAUUUAUUACAUGUGAAAAUAUGUUAAGCUAGUAUCCAUGCCAAGGUGGUGGAUUCCUCCACCAAGCCAGGGAACCUUGGCACAUAGAUUAGCAUGUGAAUAUGGUAUCCACUUGAUCUGAGGCCUCGUCCAUCACUAUAGAGCCCAAGGUCUUUCUAUCCUCUCGCUGAUGACUCAAGCUCCUCAUUGGGUCUAACUAAGGAUCUACGACUCCUGGACCCGCCCACCAUUGCUGCCUCCUGCCUCCUAUUGGUUGGGUCGAGGCUGUUGUGUCAAGGGAUAGAGCCACACUUGGUUCUUGUUUAGCUGUUUCUCUGUACUGAGGUUUUCAGUGUGUCACAGGAGGUUGGUGGCACCUUAAUUGGGGAGGAAGGGCUUGUGGUAAUGACUGGAGCAGAAUCAGUGGAAUGGUAUCAAACACAUCAAACACAAGGUUUCCAGGUAUUUGAUGCCAUUCCAUUUGCUCCGUUCCGGCCAUUAUUAUGAGCCGUUCUCCCCUUAGCAGCCGUGUGUGUGUGUGUGGUGGUUAUACAUUAGUCGUCUAUUGUGCUGUUUCAGGAGGAGGCUGGAUCUCCUUGUCUGUCUGACAGGAUUGUCUGUCACUCCCAUAGUGUGUAUCGCAUGCACAUUGGUGCCCAUUGCUCCACUGAAUGCCCUCCGCUUCUGCCUUCAAUAGGAUUGAUUUUGAUUGAUAUAGAUAUCACUGGUGGCCUUGCACAGGUCUUAGGCUACACAUUUUGUGUCAGGUAACAAGUGCACCAGAAACCACGCCUUGUUAUGUUAAAGAAAUAGUGCUCACGUUUAUGAAAACCUCAAGCCUUCAUGUGCCCCAGUUGAUGAUAUUUUAGUAGAAUUUCAACAAGAGCCUUUAUUUUGAGGGAUGGAACAGGAAUAAUGUAAAGAUGGGCAGCUAAAAGCCGGGGGAAUGCUGGAGAUAUUGUAGGGAAUAACCUUCUCACUCAUAUUUGUGUCUUGUUAAAGGAAAGGUAUGGAUUUACAUGUACAUGUUAAGGAGUCAUGAUGCAUUCAUACGCACCACAUAAACAUGACAUAGUAUUUCUGAAGCCUUAGAGUGUGUUUAUUAUGUAGAUCAGUAUGUGAUUUAUAAUAUGUGACAUUCUACAUAUACCUAAUUGGCUUAGUAAAACUAUGUAGGUUUUAUGGAGUGUUUUUUGGAAUGUGUUGCGAGAACUUUAUUGGCCAGAUUACAUGUAAAGCAAUACCAAAACAAGCUAUUUCCAAAAAGCAGAAUCCUUUUCUACACUGCCUUGUUCAACCACUCAAUGAAGCCUUCUCUAAUCUUCUCACAGAUGUAGGCCAGGAUUCAAACCAAUGAGGCACUCUACUUUUUGCUUUCCAUUCAUUCUGAGGUGUAACUUCACGGAAAUUGCCAUUGGAUCACGAAACUACACAUUCUUAAAAUGUAUUUUUUUUAAAUUUCGACAAGUUAAUAAGUGCAGUGUAAUAUCGGUAAUUUGUGCUAGUUUGAAUCACGAUCCGAAAUGUUGGUAAUAACACUUCCUUUUGGGUUUUGAGGGGUUUGAAGUAAACGCUUAACUAUGUUCUAGCUGAACACAUACUAGUGACUCUAUCUAACUGGACAUGUUCUGUUUGAUGCCUUUAGUCUACAAGUUUCAUAAACCGUAUGUACCGGAUACAUGGUAUACACCGUCCAACAAAAUGCUGACUUUCAGGUUCCUUCUCGACAAUGGAACAACAAUAAAUCAUUUAAUAUAUGAAUACAAACAUGAAGUAAAUGUCUCAGUAGAAUGGAUUAAACAUUUGAGCAUAAGUAUAAUGCAGGAAGGCACAAUUUUUAGUCCAAUGUUGACAUGUUUUGGGGAAGGGGGGGAUUGGGUGGCAAGCGUUUCAAUUGUGCAGUACGCCAGGGUGUGUCAAACUCAUUUUGCCCCGGGGGUCCGCAUUCGGUCUUCAACGAGGUCUGGAGGGCAGCACAGAAUAAAUAAAUAAAAAUCCUCGCUCUCUAAAUCUGCAAAAAAUAAACCUCUAUCCAUCGUUUUGGGAAAUUCUGAUGCUCCCUGACGGUCUGGCUUUCAUUUCAGUGAUUAUUAGCGAGUUGGAUACAGUCAAGAAACUGUAUGUAGGUCCAUUAUCAUUCCUACACAGUUUCAAUUUGGUUUUAGUCAUUUAAAAGUAUAUUGAAUUUGUCAUCCCCCGCAUCCCAAAAAUGGUUUGACAUCCUUGGUCUAUAUCAAGCAACUUAGGUCUUUCACUCUCCAAGCCUCUCCAGGAAGUUAGAUAUAUACUUAAAGGCCCAAUGCAGCCAUUUUUAUAUCAAUACCAGAGUAAUAAUUAAGUUUCUUACUCUAAUAGAUUUCCAAUAGAAAUAUGUAAAAAUUGCUUUAGCAACAAACUUUCUCUAGCAAGAAUUUUUCUAGGACUGCCGGAGAGUGGUCUGAGUGGUUUGUUUACAAUUUAAAAUGGUAAGAAGUAAACCAAAAUAGCUUCUUAGCUAAGAUACAUUUUUCAAGCAAGAACAUUGCUAGACUGUCUGGGAAUGGGCUGGGGAAAACUGAAAACUAGCUGCUAUUGUCAGAAAGGUUUGGAACUAUUUGUAAUUGAUCUAUGAAUCAUUUUGCCUCAUGGUGAUGUCACCAUGGAAAGCUGACACUCUCGCCCAUGCAAACCUGCUGAUUACAGGGUCCUGUGUAGAUUGUAUUUUCAACCAGCAACUAUCAGGAAAUAAUACUAAUCACAUUUGUUCUGGCUUUAACAGUGUUAUUUGAUAUGAAACAAAAUCUGAAAAAAACUGAAAGUUGACUGUACUGGGCCUUUAAGAAGCACAGAAUGUACAGAUUGUAUUUUUUGUUGUUGGCCAAAAUGUUUAUUUUACUGCUUGUCAUUUUGUUUUGCCCUAUAACUGUACUGUUUACAGAGGUUCAGUUCUAAAAAUCCACUGUUUUCGGCCAGUUUGAUUCCUUGUGAGACUGAGGGUAUGAAGACUGGGUCGGUAAAUCUUGUGAUGGAGAACGUUUGUGUGCUGAUAACCCUAAGUGGUCACAUGUUUAAACUCACCUUUUUUUGCGCGCAUAUGCAGAUGUUUAGUAAAGUAUUCAAUUUUUAUAUUUUCCUGUCACAACUGUCUUGUGCUUUUACUUCUAAAAAUGAAAAAAUGCCACCUGUUGCUGAAGAGAACAGAUUUAGCCUCUCCUCUUCCUCUCUGAUAUCAUCCAGUAUCUAUCUUUGGCAGUAACACACAGGUAUUUAUGCAAAUUAGGCCAAUCAAAGACUUAUGCAACACUAUGCAACACUCUUUGCAAGAGGAGAGUGAAUUGAAAGGUGUCAUUUCGUGGAGUCAUGUUGCUUACAAAUCUGUGUGAAUCACCACUCUCUGUCUGAACAAUGUCAGUUUAUGGCAUGGCUGUCAACUGGAAGAUGAAGUCAUCAUUACUGUGUUCCCAAACCAUCAACAAGGUGUUGUAAAAAAAAAAAAAAAAAAGCCCUCGUUGACUCCUCUUCAUCAAUUGUUAACUCUCAGUAUGAUGGCAAUGUCUUCACCAAGUCCUCUGGUAGGUUAGGUGCAGUUUCUGCCACAUUGCAGUGCUUACCUACCAUGUCCUUUGCAGUGGUUCAGGAGGAUUGUGAACCUGUAUACAUUUUCAGAGAAGGAUGGACAUGGUCUCUAUAGUUCUGUAUCAGAGGUGCAGAGAUUGUUUAAACCACUCAAAGGCUUGCACACUGCAGUGCUAAUCAUGUUAACCAAGUCUUUUCUUUUAACUGUAAAUUCUUGUUAGCAGAUUUUUCAUAAUACUUCCUAAUCCGUUUAACUGUUUUAGGAAACAUUACUGCUUAGUUGUGAAUACUUUGUAAUCUGCGGUGUCCACUGACAAAUGAUUUUAUAUAUGAAAUAAUGUAAUAUAUAAAUCCCUCAUUUUUUAAAAGAAUAUAAUGUUUAUUGUAAAAUGUUAUGUACAUUAUUUAAGUAAACCAAUUUAAAGUA